GACCCUUUCAUUAAUCACCCAAGGAAGCUUCAUCCCAAUUGGGUCAUCCAUAUUGUAUUCUAUUCUUCGUUAAAAAAUGUUAGCCAUCGUUUUUUACCAGCCCAAGAGUUCAAACAAUCGUAACCCAGUGAAAUAUCAAGACCCUUUCAGUCAACGGUGUAACGAGGCGCUCUAUUCGAAGCGAAAAUCGGCUUGUUUCUUCUCAGAAUCAUAAUUUCUCAACUGGGUUUUCUUCAAUUGGUUUGAUUUGGGGUUUGUUUCAUCCAAAUGAACUCCCGAUUUGGGUUUUUGUUAUUGGUUUUGAUAUCUGUUCUUCUGGGUGCUGAUUCAAAGUGCCCUAGAACAUGCGAUGUAGCUUUGGGUUCAUAUUUAGUUUGGCAGGGAAGCAAUUUGAGUUUGAUAUCCAAUCUGUUCGGCGUGCAAUCCCCUGAUACCAUUGUGAGCUACAACAGAGAUAAAGUUCCCAACAAAGACACCAUUACUAGCGGCGAUAGGAUCAACAUUCCAUUCUCCUGCGGCUGUAUUAACGAUGCUUUUCUGGGUCAUACGUUCCAGUACAGGAUUAGCAGUGGAGAUAGCUACAAUCAAAUUGCGACCAAAUUCUACGCGGGCUUGACUACGGUGGACAUGUUACAGAGAUUCAAUAAUUUUGAUGUUAGUCGGCUUCCUGUAGGUGGAAUUUUGAAUGUAGUGGUGAACUGCUCUUGUGGGGAUCCUGAUGUUUCCAAGGAUUAUGGGCUGUUCAUCACUUACCCAAUUGGAUCAAAUGAUAGUUGGGCUAAUUUGGAACGAGAUACAAAGAUCAGCUCGAAUUUGCUGCAGCAGUACAAUCAGGGUGUGAAUUUCAGCCUAGGAAAUUUGAUCUUUAUUCCAGGCAGAGAUCAAAGUGGCAGCUACCCACCUCUGAACAUAAGCACAGGACUUGUAGGUGGAGCCAUUGCUGGCUUAGUUAUUGGUGUAGUUCUUGGGGUCUUACUUGUAGCAAGCGUCGUUUACAUCGUCGUUCGAAGGAGGAAGUCGAAAAGUUCUACAUUGCUGGUGUCCUCCCAAGAUUUAUCUUCUCAAGAUGGGCAUGGUCUCGUGAUGGGAAGUUCCAUGGAUAAAUCUACUGAAUCAAAUGGUCGAGGUGGUGGUAUAGCUGCAGUCACAAAUAUUACUGUGGAAAAAUCAGUGGAAUUCUCAUACGAAGAGCUUGCGAAGGCGACCGAUAACUUUAGUUUGGCGAACAAAAUCGGUGAAGGUGGUUUUGGAUCGGUUUACUAUGCAGAACUCAGAGGAGAGAAAGCAGCAAUAAAGAAGAUGGAUAUGGAAGCUACAAGGGAGUUCCUCGCCGAAAUUAAAGUUCUAACACGUGUUCACCACUUGAACCUGGUGCGUUUGAUAGGAUAUUGUGUUGAGAAUUCUCUAUUCCUAGUCUAUGAGUUCAUUGAGAAUGGCAAUUUAGGGCAACAUUUACGUGGCACAAGUCGGGAUCCGUUGCCCUGGCAUACUAGGGUCCAAGUCGCGCUUGAUUCAGCUCGAGGUCUUGAGUAUAUCCAUGAGCACACCGUACCCGUUUAUAUUCAUCGUGAUAUCAAAUCAGCCAAUAUAUUGAUUGACAAGAACUUUCAUGGAAAGGUUGCGGAUUUCGGAUUAACCAAGUUGACUGAAGUUGGUAAUUCGUCUCUUCCCACUCGUCUUGUGGGCACAUUUGGAUAUAUGCCACCCGAAUAUGCACAAUAUGGUGAUGUUUCUCCAAAAAUCGAUGUGUACGCUUUCGGCGUUGUUCUUUACGAGCUUAUUUCAGCCAAGGAAGCUGUGGUUAAGACAAACAGAGCCAGCGCAAUUAACGAGUCGAAAGGCCUCGUCGCUUUGUUUGAAGAUGUACUGAAUCAACCCGACGCAAAGGAGAACCUUCACAAACUAGUUGAUCCGAGACUCAAAGAGAACUACCCUCUCGAUUCGGUUUUCAAGAUGGCUCAACUUGCCAGAGCAUGUACACAUGAGAAUCCACAGCUACGCCCAAGCAUGAGAUCCAUUGUGGUUGCUCUCAUGACACUUUCUUCUGCAACAGAAGAUUGGGAUGUUGGCUCGUUCUACGAAAACCAAGCCCUCGUCAACUUAAUGUCGGGAAGGUAGACUCAAGCACCAUAAUCAUCGCUCGAUUUCCACGUCUCAUGGAAGCCUGUGUAACCUCUUAUUUGAUCUCUUUCUGGACAAACAUAUAUGUAAAUUCAUGUAGUUGAGAAUUAUGGAUUGCCUAUGAAAAGGUUCUAUCGUGUCAUAUGUUCUUGAA